AUGGAUAAGCGGGGCAAUGGCCUGAAGAUCCCUCUGUGGAAAAAGGAGCCAGAGGAACUCCUGGACGAUGAGGUCGAAGAUGAUGAAAAUGAAGAGGAGGAAGAUUCAGAUGAGAAGGAUUCAGAUGAGGCAGAGAAAGCUUCGGAUAAGGAAGGGGAGUACUGGGAAUCUGGGCAGGAGCUUCAAGAUGGUGAUGGGAAAGACAAGGGCUCAGUCUCUUACUGCCCUCUCCGACAGGAGUCCAGUGCGCCGGAGGUGUCGGCCCUCAGGCGCUCCGAGAGUGGAUUUUGGACCUGGCUCAGUCCCCUCACUCUCCUCUCCAGCCUGGCCUUCCCCAUGGACAGAAAGAGGACCCAGCCGGGGCAGGUGUGCCUCCUGGAGAAGCAACGGUCUAAUGAAGUGCCUUGUUCCCGCUGUGAGAUUCUUUUCUGCAGGAAAUGCGAGACUCUGCACUGCGACCCCAACUAUGUUGAGCACUGUAUCCUGGAUCACUGGGAGGGGGGAUUCAUCCAUUACAAUCAUCUCCACCGGGGCAGCAUCAUGCCCUGUCCCUUGAUUCCAUUUUCCUUGACUCUUCUUUCUGACCCAUUAGCUGGACAGUGGCCCUCUCUCCUCACUCAAAGAAAACCCCACCUAGUUCCUCCUACUGUGGAGUUAGUUACCAUGAUCAAUUCCUACAACAGACACCGUCUCUAUGGCAGGGAAAUGUGA